UAUAGUGGGCCGCUUCGCUCGCUUUCUUCGCACCCUCCUCCUCGCCAUCUAAAACCCAAAACCCCUAACGCUUCGUCGUCUUCGUCCCCCAACUCUCCGCGCGCCUUCGCCAAGAAUUUUCUCGCCUUCUUUCCCAUCACUUUCUGGGAGAAAAGGGACCAAGAAAAGGAGGCGAGAAAGAGAGAGUAAAGGAAGCGAUGGUGAACCCAGAGGAAGCCGGCCUCCAGGUCUUGCGUCGCCUGAAAUCGACCGACCCUCCGAUAUGGCUCGCCCCCAAUCCCUCCCUUUCUCAGGAGACGCGAGCCGCCUCCCUCCACCUCUUCUCGUCCCUAAGACCCUUCUCCCCCAAGUCGCCGUUCGACCAGCUCCUGGUCGACGGGUUCGACGCCGAGCAAAUCUGGCAGCAGAUCGAUCUCCAGUCGCAGCCGCUGUUGUCGAGCUUGCGGCGGGAGCUGAGGCGGUUCGAGAAGGACCCAGAUGAAAUUUCGAAUCUUUUCGGGGACGGCGAGGGUUCGGAGGGGAAAGGGAAGGGCCUCGGGGGAGGCGGGGGUGUCGAAGGGAGUGGGCGUGGGGGCGUUGGUGAUUUGGGCGGUGUGGGCAUGGAGGUGGAUGGGUUUGAUGAAGUUGAUGAGGAUGGUGAUAGUGAUGAAGAGGAAGGUGUUGAAGAGAGAGGGGUUGAGGGUGGGGACAGUGAGGAGGAAGGGGAGGAAGAAACGAAUGAUGGUGGGAUUGAGGAUAAGUUCUUGAAGAUUAAGGAAUUGGAGGAAUAUUUGCAGAAAGACGAGGCUAGAGAAUAUGGUUUGGAAGAUGCCACCAAGAAGAAUAAGAAGGAGAAGAAGACGGUGAUGACUGACUCGGAUGAGGAAGAAGAAGAUGAUGAGGACGAGGACGAGGAAGAAGAAGGUGAUGAUGAUGAGCUCGACGAAUUUGAUGUUGAUGAUGAGGACGAUGAAGGCACGGACAAGCUGGGAAAGGCUAGAUAUGAAGACUUUUUCGGAGCUAAAAAGAAGAAAGUCACUCAAAGGAAACCUAAAUCGAGUGAUGGAUUAGGAUAUUCUACAGAUGAUGAAGAAGAAGAAGAAAAUGGGAGAGAUGGAAACAAGGGAAAUCAUAAUCUUUCUACCCACGAGAAGGAACUCUUGGACCUUAAAGCCAAAAUUGAGCAGAUGGAGAAGUCCAAUUUGGAGCCAAAAACAUGGACAAUGCAAGGAGAGGUGACUGCUGCAAAGAGGCCUAAGAACAGUGCUCUUGAAGUGGAUUUAGAUUUUGAACACAAUGCUAGGCCUGCACCUGUAAUCACUGAAGAGGUUACGGCUUCUCUUGAAGAGUUAAUCCGGAACCGGAUUCUUGAGGGGCAUUUUGAUGAUGUGGAAAAGCCUCCUGGUCUACCAACGAAAGCACCAAGAGAGCGUAAAGAACUGGACGAGAACAAAAGCAAGAGAGGGCUUGCUGAAAUAUAUGAGGAAGAGUAUGCACAGAGAACAAAUUUGGCUUCUGCCCCACUGUCUUUUUCUGAUGAGCUGAAAAAAGAGGCUAGCUUGCUGUUCAAGAAGGUGUCUUUGAAGUUGGAUGCUCUUUCUCACUUUCAUUUUGCUCCUAAACCUAUAAUUGAAGACAUGUCCAUACAAUCUAAUGUCCCUGCUCUUGCCAUGGAAGAGAUUGCACCAUUGGCAGUAUCUGAUGCAGCCAUGCUGGCACCCGAGGAGGUAUUUGCUGGCAAAGGCGACAUAAAGGAUGAAACAGAGCUAACACAGGCAGAGAGGAAGAAGAGGAGAGCUAAGAAGAAAAGGAUACAUAAAGCUGAGGCAACAAAAAGGAUGCCAAAGAAGGGUAGAGAAAUGUCACUGAAUCGCAGUGAAGGCAAAGAGGAGUAGAUACUGCGGAGGCUCCAUUUUAUGUCAAAGGUUUCCGUUUUCCUCUCAAACAAGAGUUGGGUAUAAUUGUAAUGUACCGAGAGUCAAGAGAAUGAGAGGGGAAGAAGAGAAUGGGUGGGCUCUUUUAGCGCUUCAUUGACCCAGCUCGAUGUCAAGGUCCACAAAGUUUUGAUUGGUUUGGCCUGAAGUACAGAGAGACAUUAAAAAUAGAUGGAAGAUCUUCUCUGGGGGAAAGCUAGAUAGUGUGAUUAUGGAAGCCACUCUACUUCAUGUUAGUUUUUUGAUUGAAAGGAGAAAUUUUGGAGGAAAAUCCUAACUCAAGAAUGUUGAUGCGUAAUCGACUAAUUUGUUUGUACCGGCCGUCUUUAGCUAAUUGUUGGAAUGCUUUAUCAUUAAUUUAUGAGCACCUGCUAUUGAAUCUCGAA